GGAAAUCGCCUCUUGCUGCUGCCCUGCGCCAGAGGAGAGGCUGCUGUGGGCGAUGGAGACGGUGCUGCUCAUCCUCCUCGGCUCCCUCUGGGGCUGCAGCGCAGGGCACCCAGCGAGCAAGCUGGUGGUGGUGCCGGUGGAGCCGGUGGUGCCGUACGGGGGCUCGGCUCAGCUGAACUGCUCCCUGGCCUGCCCCACGGGCACUGUGCAGUGGCGGGGGCUGGACACCAACCUGGGCAGCGUUGUCUCCUUCCCCGGCCACAGCGUCCUGCAUGUGAGCAAUGCCAUAGUGGCCAUGGAGGGCACCAAGAUCUGCCAGGGCACCUGCAGAGGGCAAAGCUACCAGCACGCUGUUAACCUCAAGGUCUACUCACUGCCGGACACGCUGCAGCUGGCAGCGCAGCCGGCAGCCCUGGCGCCGGGGCAGCCCACGGCCCUGCGCUGCACAGCGCGGCGCGUGUACCCGCUGCAGGGGCUGGCGCUCGCCUGGUACCGCGGGGACCGGCUGCUGCCGCAGGCAGACCUCGCAGUCGAGGAGACUGAGGAGGAGCUGUUCGACGUUACAACCACGCUGCAGCUGGCGGGGGACGAUGUGGCCACCGGAGCAGAGUUCAGGUGCGAGAUGACGCUGAUCGUCCGGCGGGAGACCUUCACCCGGGUGGCGGCCGUGGCCGUGAGCGCUGCUGCGGAGACGGAGCAGCCUGCGGCCGCGGCCACUUCCCCGGAGACCCCCCCAACCACGCAGGCUACGACGGGGAGCGCCAGCACAGCUGCGUCCGAGGCCACUGCAGCUCUGGCCCCCGCGCAGAGCACUGACGCCACUGCAACCCUGACCGCGACACCACAGGAGCCUGCUGAUGAGGCCACCUCGGGCUGGGUUGCUGCCACAACAAACCCCUCCCCGGAGCGCCCUGCUCCGCCGGACAGUGACGCCGGCGUUCCCGCGCUGCGUCCGGCCGCCAGCGCAGCGCCUGGCUCCGGCACCGCGAGCCCUGCCGCCGGGGGCACAGCCCAAGCGCUGGGACCUGUUGCGGGCGACACCGAGCACCGCCGGGGCUCCUCCACCGCGGGGCCGGCUGCCGGCACGGUGCCGGGCUGCAGCCUGCGGAUCUGGUCGCUGCCGCCCAACGGCCUGCGGGGCCAGGCCCUGCGCAUCGAGUGCCAGGCACAGUGCGGCGAGAAUGUCACCGUGCGCUGGCUGAGCACGCCGGUAGCCCUGUCGCAGUACCGGGAGGAGGCAGCGGGCAGCAGCUCUGCGCUGAGCCUGGAGCGCGUGGAGCUGCGGCACCAGGGCCGCUACCAGUGCGCGGUGCUCAGCCGCCAGGCCCCGGUGGCCAGCCUGCAGCUGGCCGUGUCCACCGAUACAUUCAGCACCAACCCUGACAUAGCCGUGGGGACAAUGGUCUCGCUUUUGGGACUGAUAGUGACUGCAGUCACAGCUCAUCGCCUGUGGAAACGAUUCAAAUCACAGUAUGAUCUGUCCUAAGAGUGAGACCUGCCUGCAGGUGCCCACAGCUCUCCAGAUCAGUCCCAAGUGCUGUCCUUUCCGCUGCUGGACCCAACGGGCUCCCAGGGGAGUGGCGCAUCCAACGGUGCCAGGCUGCCUGACUCACAGUGAAGGGCCAGGGUUGCUGCUGGGUGCAGCGUGCUGCUAUGAGACUCGAGAAAAGAGCAGAAGCGUCUGUGAUGAUGGACAGGUCGGAGGUGUUCUGGCCCCAUCACAGCUCUCAGGCUGGGACACUUCUCAGCGGCUCUGCGAAGGCGGCUAUGCACCUCGCAGGGCAGCCCAGCCCCUCUGGAGGGGCCAGUGGGCUCCAUCGCAUAUGGCCAUCCCAACAGCCCAGAGACCGACAGCAAAUCCUCUCUGUUCAACAAAUGUGUUGGGACACCGCAGUGGGAGGUGCGGUGGGUAAAGUUGCAAAUAAUCCGGGUGUUGAAUAUUGAGUGAAGAGGCCAGUCCUGAAGAGCCUGUGGUAAGGGCGGGGGGCAGUUUCUAAUAAAGGUU